AUGAAAAAACUCCAGCUUCCCGAUUCGGUAAAAAACAACAAGGUCUACAUUUGGGUUAAGAAAAUCCUUGAUUUUCUCAUUGGCCAAUGGUUCUUCUGCCUUUUGGGUGUGUUUGUUGCACUUGCAUAUGAGUAUCCCGAAUUUGCCAAACAAGGCGGUAUGAUCCGAGCGGAAUAUUCGAUUGGAUAUGGUGCAGUAGCAGUGAUUUUCCUCAUCAGUGGACUUUCUAUGUCGUCCAAAGCACUUUUGAUCAAUGCAUUGAAUUGGAGGGCCCAUUUUACAGUGCUCACUAUGUCAUUCUUAAUUACAAGUUCCAUAAUAUACGGUAUUGUCUCCGGCAUCAGAGCUAGUCAUGACGGACAAAUCGAUGACUGGUUACUAGUGGGAAUGAUUGUCACACAUGCAUGUCCCACAACGGUGAGCUCCAACGUGGUGAUGACUAAGCAAGCAGAUGGAAAUGAUAUUUUGACACUAUGUGAAGUUACCGUGGGUAACAUUUUGGGUGCAUUCAUCACCCCGGCAUUAUUGCAAAUGUACAUGACUGGAGUUUGGGAUUUUGGUAAUCCAUCACAUCAACCUUCGGGAGAAAACUCUAUUGGAGAUUUGUACAAGGAAACAAUGAAACAAUUGGGACUAAGCGUAUUUGUUCCAUUAUUUGUUGGGCAGGUUAUCCAAAACGUGUUUCCCAAGCAAACGAAAUGGACAUGCACCACCUUCAAAUUGAAUAAAGUUGGUUCCUUCAUGUUGUUGUUGAUUAUGUUUCAAUCUUUCUCAACAGCAUUUGCCCAACAUGCAUUCACUUCCGUCAGCCAUGUCUCAAUCAUCUUUCUUGUUUUCUUCAACAUUGGAAUUUACUUAUUCUUUACCAUUCUUACCUUCAUAUACUCCAGACCAUAUUUUGUAAGGCGAUGGUUUUGGGAGUACCCAAACGAGCAAUCGAGUUGGCUCUACAAAUGGUCAUAUAAACUUUUGAACCCUUUUUAUUAUAACAAGAAGGAUACCGUGGCAAUUAUGCUUUGCGGGCCGGCAAAAACUGCGGCAUUAGGUGUUUCUUUAGUUUCCUCGCAAUAUGGGUCGAAUAAUCCCAAUUUGGGUAUUCUCCUAGUUCCCUUGGUUUUAUACCAAGCAGAACAAGUUAUGACGGCAAAUUUUCUUACUGGAAUAAUGAAAAAAUGGAUUCAUUACGACGACGAAAAGAAGAACGAAAGUGACGAUGAAAAUCAAUUGAGUCAUAGGAAUACGCGUGAAGAAGAUGAGGAGAUUUCCCAGGAAGAAGAAGAACUACAAAGAGAAGAAAAUAAUUUGACCGAGGGGACUGAGGAAACAGAACAAACCUCGAGUUCCGGGAGUCGAGAAGUUGAAUCUUUUUCCAUGCACUCACAGCCAAUUAAAGCAUAA